AUGCGGGGCCCGGGCGGCGGCCUGGCCCUCGCCGUCCUCGCCGGCGUCCUCGCCGCCGCCGCGGGGCAUGCUGGGACGGAGGCGGGGGGCGGGGCGGGCGCCGCGGCGGUGACCCGGGCCCGCUGUGCCGCCCGCUGCCUCGGCCUGCGCCUGCGGGGGGGCCCGGGCGAGGUCGGCUCCCUGGCCCAGUGCGGGGAGCACGCGGAGUGCGCCAAGUGCCUGCAGCCCUGCCGAGAAGCCCGGGAGCUGGAGGCGCACGAGUGCGAGGCCUACUGCGAGCAGGCGCUGUUCCCCGCGGGCCGCGGCUCCGAGUGCCUCACCAGCUGCGCCUUCCUGGCCUCGGCCCGGCGCGUGAAGCAGGGCGCCUGCCCCGCCCCGGCCCGGGCCCGCGGCUUCCAGGCCGCCUGCGUCGAGGGCUGCGCGGCCGACGCCGACUGCGCGGGGCCCCGGCGCUGCUGCCCCAACGGCUGCGGCCGCACCUGCCGCGACCCCCGGCGGCCCUUCCGAGGCGUGCCCCUGCGCCCCGGCCGCGCCCUCCGCCUGCUGCCCCGCGGGCCCGGGCGGCUGGGGCUGCGCUGGUCGUCGCGGUUCUCGGUCUCCGCGGAGCCCGUGGUCUACGUGGUGCAGCGGCGGGCGGGGCCGGGGCCCCCGGGACGCCCGCCCACCCCGCGCCCGGCCUGGGCCACCGUCGCCGAGACGACCGAGGAGCGGGCGGAGCUGCGCGACAUCCGGCCCGGCCGCUGGUACCAGUUCCGCGUCGCGGCCGUCAACGCCCAAGGCACCCGGGGCUUCACCGCGCCCUCCCCGCCCUUCCGCGCCCCCGAAGGUCGGUGCUCCCCGCCCCGGAUCCUCCCUGUGUGGUGCUCCCCGCCGAGUGCUCCCGCCCACGUGCUUCCGCCCGCAGACCCCGCGCCGCCCCCCGCGCCGUCCUCCCUGCGCCUGACCGCGGGGUCCUCGGGGAGCACCGCGCGCCUGGCCUGGGACCCCCCGGCCCGCGACCCCGACGUCCCCAUCCACCACUACCGCGUCGCCUGGGGCCCCGACGGCGGCGAGCGGACCCGGGGCACGGCCGACGGGCGCCGCCCCGAGCUCCUCCUCGACGGCCUCCGCCCCGGCCUCCUCUACGCCGUGGAGCUGCAGGCCGUGGCCCACUGGGGGCCCACGCGGCUCCGGAGCCCCCGGGCCCGGCUGCGCUUCCGGGCCCCGCACCCGGCCCCCCUCGAGCCCUCGGGGAAACCGAGGCCGCCCCAGGAGGUGGGGCCGCCCUUCCUGCUGGACGGCCGGCUGCGGGCCACGGUGCGGUGGCCGGAGCCGCAAGGCCUCAACGCCACCCGGUUCCGGGUCCGGUGGACGCCCCGCGCGUGCGCGCGCAACCGCACCGCCCCGACGGGGGCCUGGGCCGAGGCCGCCACCCGCCAUCCCCACCUCACCCUCGACGGCCUCGCCUUCUCCUGCUCCUACCAAGUGCGGGUGCUGCCCGGGGGCCCCGGGUUCGAGUUCGACACCCCGGCCUGCGCCGACCUGGACCCCGCGGCCCGCUGCGGCGAUUGACCUCCGACCCCCUCCCCCGACCCCACCCCCCCCUCCCCACGUGACUAACGCACAAUAAACCUCUAA